AGCCUCAGCCUCAGGUUAAAGCCAAAAAUAAAUAAAUAAAAGCCCAACAGCGGAAAGGUCAGAAAAACUAGAGCUGCUUCGUAACAGGAAAGAAAAGACGCGAGAGCGAGCGAGCGAGCGAGAGAGAGAGAGAGAGAGAGAGCGGAGAUGGUGUCGGACUCGGAGCUCGUGGAGCGGCUCCGGGAGUUCCUCCGGGCUUCCGACCUUUCCACCACGACCACCGCCAUCGUCCGCCGGAAGCUCGAGGAGGACUUCGGCGUCGAUCUCUCGGAUAAGAAGGCCUUCAUUCGGGAGCAGGUCGAUCUCUUCCUCCAUAGCGAGCUCAACGACAACAAGGAGGCCGAGGAGGACGACAGCUCUGGCGUGGACGAAGGAGACGAGGAUGGGGAGGAAGGCAGCGGGGAGGAGGGGGACCAGCAGGUGGAGGAACAAGUCGACGAGGACGGGGACGAGGAGGACGAGGGAAGGAGCAAUGAGGGUGGGAGCAGUAGGAAGAGGCGAUUUAACAAGCUCAAUAAGGAGGUCAAGAGAAGGGGUGGUGGAUUUACCAAGCUAUGCAGUCUUUCUCCGGCACUGCAACAAUUUGUUGGUGAAUCUGAGUUAGCCAGAACUGAGGUCGUGAAGAAACUGUGGGCUUAUAUUCGCGAGAACAGUUUGCAGGACCCAAACAAUCGGAGAAAGAUAAUAUGUGAUGAAAGACUGCAAAAGCUCUUUAAUGUUAACACUAUCGACAUGUUUCAAAUGAACAAAGCUUUGUCAAAGCAUAUCUGGCCUUUGACUUCUGAAGAUGCAGGCCCAGCGAAUACAGUGAAGUCAAAACCCAAGGACAAACAACAUAAAAAGGAAGGAGAAGGAAAGCGGCAAAAAGGAGGGUCUUCUGGUCUUCUUGUACCCCUUCCACUUUCAGAUGAUCUGGUGAAGUUUAUUGGUACUGGUGAAAAUGCAUUAUCUCGCUCUGAUGUUGUGAAAAGGAUGUGGGAGUACAUAAAACAAAAUAAUCUGCAGGAUCCUGCUGAUAAAAGGAAUGUGAUAUGUGACGAGAAGCUAAAGGAACUGUUCAAGGUUGAUUCUUUUAGAGGCUUCACAGUUUCCAAGUUGCUGGCGGCUCAUUUCAUCAAAACAAAGUAGUGAGGUGCCCCUUUUGGUAUCUCUGUUGAACCCAAGGAAGUGGGCAAUUUUGUCUGCAAUGUAGUUUUAGUUUAGUUUCUUUUACUUAUAUAUGACUUGUUUUGGACUAUUCUGGAGAAUGGCAAAGAAUGGAAAUGAAAUCAUUUAUUCAUCUCUGUCUGAUAGAAUAUGUAUGGGGAAAGUAUUGCAUCCUGAUUUUUGGUUUUAAAUUAUUGCACUAAAUUUUCAUUC